ACCUGAAAUCGAGUUUGUAGGCCGCGUAACGCUCAAGAACAUGUAGACCCAGAUACCACCUCGAGCAAUACUCCUCGCCCGUGACAACCUGCGGGGUCGGCGAUGUUCAGCAGCCAUCACCACGAAGCUCCCCUGCUCGUAGAGAGUACCAAAACUCGCGGGGAUAAGAUCAGAACCGACAGUAUGCUUCGCAAAGAGCACCGGGUAGUACACUUCUUCCGUUAUCUCCAAAUCCCACAUCAGCGCUUUGUGUUCCGUACCGCAUUGGAGCAACCCCACCUCCAGCGUCACGAAAAGUUGAGUGUGCGGUAAUACAGACCCGUCUCCGCUUUCUUCGUAGCCCAUCAUAAAGGCGGAGUGCAGGGUCUACGCCAAAACAAAAUUACGGAACGCUAUCUCAUAUAAACUCAAUUCUACAUAAUCUUCAUUUCAUCUGUCAGAAACAAUGUCACGGCGUUCCGGUCCCCUUGCACUAGGCAUAGCUUUCAUCAUCGGCGGAGCCCGAGGCCUAGGAAAUGCCAUCGCCGUGUCCUUUGCAAAAGAAGGCUCGGGAGGCGUUGCUAUCGUGGACAUCCAGGGUGAAGAGACGAUGAACGUGGGCAAAAAGAAAGUAGAAGAGUAUGGGACAAAAUGCCUCACUAUCCGAGCGGAUGUGACGAAAGAAGACGAUGUAGAAAGAGCCAUUAUGGAAGCAGUUGCGGAACUCGGGAGGAUCGAUUACGCCGCAAACUUUGCCGUCCAGGAUUUGAACGUGUCAGGUGUAUUCUUCUGCACGAAGCAUGAACUGAGGCAGAUGAUGACGCAGACAUCAAUUGAAGUUGAGCCGGGACGAGACCCCCAACUAGGCUCCAUCGUGAACUGCGCAUUAGUGAACUCCCUUCAGUCUAUAGCGGGAAGCGCGGCCUAUACCGCAUCGAAGCACGCCUGUCUCGGUGUCACGAAGACAGCUGCACUAGAAGCUCGCAGCCACAGCAUCAGAGUCAACGCAAUCCCGCCGGGUUUCCUACCAACAGCAAUCGUCGCAGGCUUAGCCGAUGCCACUAGCGGGCCGGGUGAAGAUAUGUGGACCGCAUUCGAAGCCAGGCAAGGUAGGACUGGGCAGGUCGAGGAGAUCGGAGAUACGGUUGUAUUGUUGACCCCAAGGAUGAGCCUGGUGAACGGGCAUAACCUGUUUGUUGAUGGCCUCGGCGGCGUGCUGGCGCUGCAGCUGGCGGCCAGCUACCCUGACGUGCUGGAGAGCGUCAUCGUGCACGAAGCGCCGACGAUGGCGCUGCUCCCACGAGCAGAGAUGAACGCGGAGAUCGACUACUGCUUCCAGGUGCAGGGUAUCCGGGUGACGGAGGGCGCGGAGGCGGCGAUGGCUUUUUUCGCGAAGAAGCUGGUGGGGCAUGAGGGUUUGAAGGCGGUGGAUCCGAUUGUGCAGUCUGGGUCCCGGAGGCAGGAUCAGCUGAUGUUUCUGGAGUUUGAGUAUAUCCAGUCGACGAUUUAUUGUCCCGAGAUGCUGAAGAUCAAGGAGGCGGGGGUGAGGAUCGCGGUAGCGUCGGGGACAGGGAGUGGGGAGGCGGCGUAUAUAAGGACGGGGGUGGAGCAGGCGAGGAUUUUGGGGUGUGAGAGGUUUAGGGUGCCGGGGAAUCAUACGUGGUACUCGUUUGAGCCGGAGGAGUUUGCGGGACAUGUAUUGAAGAUUAUGAAUAGUUUGGAAGUAGGGAAGGAGGUUGAGGGCCAGGUAGCUUUUGGGAAAUUUGACACGACAUGUGCUCCGUAG